UUGAAACAAAUUUACAAUAGACUAAGCAUCUUUUGAGUUUUGUCAAAAUUCUUGUGAGAAUUAUUAUCAUUCAUGACAAAGAAAAGUAAUAUUAUGCAUUGAUGAAUUAAAGCAUAACUGAGCUUCAUAAAAUGUCUUAUGAAUUCUACGCUGAUGCCACACAGAAGUCAAAGAGGCGCGAUCGGCGCUGGUACCAGGAGAACUUAUUGAAAGUUCUGGAAGCGGCCAAAGAGAAACGUGUCAGAGAAAUCGACACGUCCAUAGCACUAGCCCAUGAGCUGAUAGCGAAAUUAGACGAACCAGUUAAGAAACCAGUAGAAGUUCCACUGCGAGAACUAACACCAGCCGAAGACGAUAGCUUAAUGAAACCUAUAGCACCUGAAGUUUUAGAUUUGUUUUACGGAAGCAGAGACAAAGGCGCGGCCGAGAAAUAUUUCAAGGCGAGGAACAAACAAGCACCAGAGGAGAAAUAUUUCUUUCGCAUUACAACCAACUGGGACUACGGCUGGCAACAAAAACAGUCGAGACAGCGCGCUCGUGACGUGAACUUCGGACGUUGCGCCAUUCUAAGGGACACGUUCUAUAGGAAAAGCAACCUGGCGCCCGAUCCGCCGCACUACGCGCAGCCCGCUGCCGGACAACACUCUAUCUGCAGCGAAUAUUCAUGCCAUUUUAACUGACUUUAGUGCCAGCUAAACAUUAAAGGGUCCAGUGUGUUUAGUGCAAGUUUUUUAACGUUCCCAAUAGCUUUUUUUUUCCUACCUAAGCUGAUAGCCUUGAGAGGCUAUUUCAGCGUAACCUUAACUAGUGGGUGAGCUCACGGGGCUCAAACCUGACGUUGGUAGCAUGAACCCUAGCAGGGGCCGUGCUUCGCAGAAUCUACCAGCGGAUCGGAAACGCGACCCACUGAGAAGAUCCGGCGAGAAACUCAGUGGGCUGUGUCUGUGGGUUAAUUUACUCGUCGAGCCCUUCGUCGCAAUCCACGGGUUCGACGAGAACGAUGACCGGGAAUAACGUAAAAUUUAGCUGAAAUUUGCAGUUGGAACAGCGCCCCUAGCGGCAAACGUAGGAACAUGUUCUAAGUCCAUACAAAUCUGAGUUAACUUUUACGCUAUCGAGAAGUUAAACUCGCACAAAGCACACCGACCGAAAGCAGUUCGAGUUAGACGGCGUUCCGACUGUCAUAGGGCACAAAUGUUGUCCAUGAACAACGGCAACUAUUGAUCUAAUUACAUCUAUCUAAUAAUCUAGUCAUGUAGGACCUUGGAAGUACGCUAGAGUAUUGAAAAGUUUUUUGUUUCAUUAAAAACGAUGUUAAUGGCAAAGAAAAACACGUACCUUUGAAUGAACAGGCUUUACACCGAUUUAGAAAAUACCUCAAUUUUGUGUUCCGGGCAACCAUUCUUAAACUAUAUAGUAAUGAAGAUUUGCAUAAUAUUUUAACAUUUCUAUGACUGUACCCCAUACUCUACUGUAAAUUAUUUUAAUAUUACCAUUUUAAGAUUGUAUCCCACUACAAGAGAAGCAAGAUGAUAUAUACGAGUAUAAUAGCAUUGCAACUAUCUUGAAUAGGUACUACGAAUAUUCGUUACGGUAAAAACAAAAUGAAACACGAAACUUAUGAAAAAACAUAUAAUUUAUAUUUUUUAUUAUUAUUUACAAUAAUUCAACUUUUAUUUACAUAUUAACAAUAGUUCAUGUACUCCCUUCUUCAUAAGGCCACAUCUAACUGUUCGAUAGGGAACUAGCGAGAAGGUUUACAUGCUCAAGGUUACAUUCAAACAGUACACGACUCUUGUUUGGUUCAGCAGCGGACGAAUCUUCAGACCCUAAUCUAAAGUAUAAAAAAUAAGAUGAAUGAUAAUGGAAUCUUCUCGAACAAUUGUUGUGACAAACAAAGAAAACCCGCCCAUUGAGAACCAAAGCGGAGGAUCCAUUAGAUCCGUUGUCAUAAUAAAAAUAAUUAACUAUAUUAUCAUCAACGCAUACAUUUACUAACAAAUUACUAAAGAGAAUGAAUAAUUAAUAAAAUAAAUAAAUGAGACAUUUUGUUCUUUCUCAAGUUUCAUUCGACAUUAUUACAUUAGAUCAGUCCUUUGGGUAGCAGAACUCAUACUCCUAUGUUCGAAUUCGCAAAUAAUUUAUAAAAACUUAUUAUAUAAUGCUCACUCGUUUGACAGUGUCUUUACAAACACAAUACAAGCGUAGACAAUGUCAAUAAAAAUAAUAUAUUUUUAACGAAAUAACAAUCAGCACAAUUAUAUUAUAUUAUGUACAUUUGGAAGAAUUGUAGUAAUUAUAGGAAGGAUUCUAAACUGGACUUGAGAUCCAAUUGAGUUAACAAAAGAUAUUAAAACAAUACUGAAUAAUACGCUUUUAAUAUUUCUAUUAAUGGAUUUGUCAUAUUGAAAAUAAAAUGUCCGAUAUUA